AUGGGUGGAUUAGGAAAAAGAUCACUUGCUCAAAUGGUCUACAAAGAUGACUCAAUACUGAGAUCUUUUGAUAAAAAAGCUUGGGUCUGUUUGUCUGAUGAUUUUAACUUCAAAAAAAUCUUAAUGAACAUGAUUGAGUCACUUGCAGAGAAGAAGUGUGAUGAUUUUUCAAAUCACACGGUCUUGGUUGAUAAACUUCGAGUAGAGCCAAGAGACAAAAAUUAUUUACUAGUACUCGAUGAUCUGUGGAAUGAGGAUGCAGAGGACUGGGAGAAGCUUAAGGGUUUUCUAAAUGUGGGUGCUCAAGGGAGUAAAAUCUUAGUCACAACACGUAGCAACGUAGUUGCCUCAGUUGUCCGAGAUGUUGCCCCACCAUAA